AUGGCUGAGGCUAAUAAAGUGACGAUUCUUGCUGACGAGAAGGACCUGGAGAGGGUGACUAGCGAGUUGGACUCGGUGCCUCCUUCUGAGGAGGGCGUGGAGCCUACGGAGGAGGAAAUGAAAAACUUGAGGAGAGUGGCAAAGACCAUUCCUCUUUCGUGUUGGCUUGUGGCGCUUGUGGAGUUGGCUGAACGGUUCUCCUACUAUGGGUUAUCUACACCUUUCCAGAAUUACAUGCAAAAUACGCCAGACGACGACCCCCACGGUAAAUUGGGUUUGGACCAGCACGGUGCCACUGCCUUGUCGUACUUUUGGCAGUUUUGGUGUUACGUGACGCCUAUCUUUGGUGCUUGGGUCGCCGAUACUUACUUUGGUAAGUUCAACACCAUCUGUAUUUUCAGUGUGGUUUAUAUUCUUGGUAUUUUCGUCUUGUUCAUCACGUCCAUUCCUUCCAUCGCUGAUAGAGACGCUUCGCUCGCUGGUUUCAUCAUUGCAGUUAUUGUUAUUGGGCUUGGUACUGGUGGUGUCAAGGCCAAUGUCUCGCCAUUGAUUGCUGACCAGGUUCCUAAGUUCAGACCAUUCACUAAGGUUCUUAAGUCGGGUGAAAAGGUUAUUGUGGAUACCAACAUCACAGUUCAGAAUGUCUUUAUGCUUUUCUACCUUAUGGUUAAUGUCGGUUCGCUUUCUAUUAUUGCUACUUCGGCUUUGGAGCAGGAAGUUGACUUCUGGGCUGCUUUCCUUUUGCCGCUUUGUUUCUUCUCCAUUGUGCUUUUCCUGCUUGUCUUCGGUAAGAAGUUCUACGUGAAAGUCCCUGUUGGAGACAAGGUCAUUGCUAGAUCUUUCAAGGUUGGCUUUAUUGCCUUGUCGAAGUUGAACUUUGACGCUGCUAGACCUUCUCUUCACCCAGAAAAGGAGUUCCCAUGGGACGAUUUGUUUGUGAGUGAAGUCCAGAGAGCUUUCUACGCCUGUAAGGUGUUUUUCUUCUACCCAAUUUACUGGUUGACUUAUGGUCAAAUGGCCAACAACUUCGUGUCGAUGGCUGGUGACAUGGAUACUCACGGAUUGCCAAACGAUGUGUUGCAGGCUAUUAACCCACUUACAAUCAUCAUCUUUAUUCCAAUCUGUGAAAGAUUCGUCUAUCCUUUCAUCAGAAGAUUCACCCCGCUUAGAGCCAUCACCAAGAUCUUUAUUGGUUUUAUGUUUGCAACCGCCUCUAUGGUUUACGCUGCUGUGUUGCAACACUUCAUUUAUCAGGCUGGUCCUUGUUAUGAUGACCCUAAGGGAUGUGCUCCGGAAUUCGCCAAAGUGCCUAACGACGUUCACAUUGCUCUUCAAACCCCAGCGUACUUUUUCAUGGGUAUGUCUGAGAUCUUUGCUUCUAUCACUGGUUUGGAGUAUGCCUAUACCAAGGCUCCAGUUUCGAUGAAGUCGUUCAUCAUGUCUAUUUUCCUUGUCCAGAACGCCUUUGGUUCUGCUCUUGGUAUUGCUCUUUCUCCAGUAUCCAGAAACCCUAAGAUGGUUUGGAACUAUACUGGUUUGGCGGUGUCUUGUUUCAUUGCCGGCUGGAUUUUCUGGUUCUUGUUCAAGCACUACAACUACAGAGAAGACGACUGGAACAACUUGGAGUAUGAGCACGAGGAACAGGCCAAAGCCAUUGAAGCUGCUAGAGACGAAGAGAAGGCAGUUGAGGCAGAGCCUCUUAACCCUGUGACCUCGCUUACUGUUUCCUAUAGAGAUUUGCGCUAA